GGUGGCGCUGGGGACGCGCCGGGGUCCCGCAGCCUUCCCGGGGCCAUGAAGGUGAAGGUGAUCUCCGUGCUGGAGGACAACUACAUGUACCUGGUGAUCGAGGAGAGCACCCGGCACGCCCUGGCCGUGGACGCCGCGGUGCCCAAGCGGCUGCUGGAGAUCAUCAAGAAAGAGGACGUGGUGCUCAGGGCCAUCCUCACCACCCACCACCACUGGGACCACGCCAGGGGCAAUGAGGAGCUGGCCCAGCUGCUGCCAGGCCUGCAGGUGUUCGGGGCUGACGAGCGCAUCGGGGCCCUCACCCACAGGGUCAGCCACGGCCAGGAGCUCGCGUUUGGGACCAUCAGGGUGAGGUGUCUCUUCACGCCGUGCCACACCUCGGGCCACAUGUGCUACUUCAUGUGGGAGGACGAUUCCCCAGAUGCUCCAGCUCUUUUCUCAGGUGACACCCUGUUCGUGGGGGGCUGCGGGCAGUUCUUCGAGGGCACAGCGGAGCAGAUGCACACCAACCUCACCCAGAUCCUGGGCACCCUGCCCAAGGACACGAAAGUUUUCUGUGGCCACGAAUGCACCGUCAGAAACCUCAAAUUCGCCUUGAAGGUGGAGCCAGAGAAUGAAGUGGUGAAGGAGAAGCUGGCGUGGGCCAAACAGAGGGAUGACGAGGACCUGCCCACGGUGCCAUCCACGCUGCAGGAGGAGUUCCUGUACAACCCCUUCCUGCGGCUCACGCUCUCAGGGCUGUCCCCUUGCAGGGAGGAGGCCGUGCAGAGGUUCACGGGCAGGACAGACCCUGUGGAGGUGCUGAGGGCUCUGCGCUCCCACAGGGACAACUUCAAGAAGCCCAAGGAGAGGCCCAACCCCCAGGCCAUGCUGGCCUUCGACUGGGGGCUCUUUGGGCCCUUCCUGGAGAAGAAGUGACACCCCCGAGGUGCCAGGGCUCCCUCCUGGCUGGGCACAGCUCGGAUUGGCUCCCAGCUGGAUUUUGGGGCUGGAUUUUUUCUUUAAGCUGCUUGUGUGAGGCUGCUCUGCUCUGCUCUGCUCCCCCCUGGCUCCUGGGGUUCCUGUGCAGCUCCUGGAUCUCUUUGGGGGGAUCCCAGGCUGUGGGACCCCCCUUGGGGCUGGGGUGCUGGCAGAGGGUCAGGCUUGGAGCAGGGGACAGUGCCAGUUUUGGGGAGCUGCCAUGGAAGGAGCCAGGGAUGCUCAGGACUGUGGUGCUGUGCCCCACGGAGCCCCAGGCUGCCCUGCCUGCCCUGCAUCCCAGUCCAGGGCUGCUGUGAUGGCUCUGGGACUCCUGGGAGCCCUCCUGGCCCUGCCCCGCCCUGCCCCAGUGUCCUGGCUGAUGGACACUUGGAUCCCCCCCAUGGGACACUGGGAUGUGACUGGUGGCACCAGAACCCACCCAGCUCCAGCCCUGUGCUGACAAAUCCCCCAUCACAGCAGGGUUUGGGUGGGUUCCCCCCCAUUUGCCCUAUUUUCCAGCAGCUCCCACAGGGAUUUGUGGCCCAGUGGCUGCCUUGGGGAGCCCUUGGCCCCUGUGGGAUGUCCAUGUGGAGCAGGGUCAGCCCCAGGAGGGAUUUCCCAGGGUGGGACAGAGUUUAGGCAGCCAGGAACAAAGUGCUGCCAGGCAUCCCUUUUUGCUUUUUGCUUUUUCCAAGAGAAAACCUGGAAAACACUCGGUGCCAACUCCAUGGACAUUGCCUUGCCAGAGCCAGGGAGCAGCUGGGGCUCCCAGGCCUGCCCAGCCUUCACUUUCUGCAAAAUCAGGGCUGUGUUUUAUUUAUUUUUGAGUCUGAGAAAGGAGCAGAGUUUUAUUUGCAGCUGUGGGGAGGCACUUCACACCAGUGAAGUCAUUCCUUUUUUAUUUUUGUGAAGAAAACGAGCGUUUGAUGGCAGCUCCCAGCACUGGGGCAGAGCUGAUUUCAGGGAUUUUCAUGUGUGGACUGUGAAUUUCUUUGUUGCCACUGGAGUCUUCUGGUUUGGGGCUUUUUCCUGUGCUACAAACCAA